GACAGCACUCAUUCUUCGGUUCGGCAGCUGAGGCGAACUGCGACACCACAGCGAAUUCGCUUGCACAGGUUGCCCUCUCCACUAUCUGAAUCGGACCUGGCUACCUAAGCAUCUGUGAAUCGUGGCUAACAGCAUUGGUGAAUACUAGACGGCGCUUGCACUCGGUGUGGUGCACCAAAAUCCCUCAAGUAGGGUUUCGGGCAGCGACGCGGGCAUGUCUAGCCCGCGAUUCAUAGCAGCGUAGUCGAGGGGAGAAUCCCUAGCAAGCGAAUUGCAGCGACCUCAAGGUGCUGCAGGCCUCGGCGCGAGCAUUCGCUCCUCGGGCUACUUGCCCAAGGGGAACGAUGCUGGGCACCAGCGACUGGCUGCUCAAGCGCUUCCUAAAGUUUGUCCUCAAGCGAAAUGUGGGGAAGUAUUUGGCCUCGGAGCUGGACCUCGAGCAGCUAAGUGUCAAGCUAGACACUGGCCGGCUUGAGCUCAAGGACCUGCUGCUAAACUGCGAUGCGCUCAACCGAGACCUGCCGCUGGAGGGCUGGCACAUCAAGGCCGGCUACGUGGGCGCCGUCACCGCCCGCCUGCCGCUGGUGGCGCUGUCCGCCGCGCAGUGCAGCGUGUGCCUACACGAGGUGCGCAUCACCCUCGCCCCCGGCCCUGCCCCCGCCCCCGCCCCCGUCCCCGACUCGCCCAACGGACGCGGACGCUCCUCCGGAUCCGGAUCCGGAUCCACAACUGGCGGUGGCGGCGGUUUUGCACAAGACAUCGUUGCCUCCGGCAACAUCAGCCACAACAACAACAGCAGCAAUGGGAGCGCUGCUGCUGCAAGCAGUGGCGGCGGCGGUGGCGGCGGUGGCGGCGGCGGCGGCGGCGGCAUGGGCUUCCUGCUCGCAGAGGACUUUGGCUGGACGGGCCAGGGCGCGGUGGCGGAGGGCGUGCGGCGCAUCGCGGGCGGGCUGCAGAGCCUGUUGCAGUCGCUGCGCCUGGAGGCCAGCGAUGUGCUGAUACGCGUGGAGCUCCCGCACCCGCACCCGCACCCACACCCGUGUCCGCACCCGCACCCGCACCCGCACCCGCACCCGCACCCGGGCCCGGGCCCGGGUCCGGGGCCUCACCCGGGGGCGCACCCACAUCCGCACCCGCACCCGCACCCGAACCCGGGUCUGGGGCCGGGACCACACCCGGGGGCGCACCCGCACCCCGGCACGGCCAUGGGCCUGUGCGGGGAGGCGGCGCCGCGCCGUGUGGUGGCGGCGGCGCUGCGGCUGGACCUGGUGGAGUUUGGAGACCUGGCGGCGGCGGCGGCGGCGGCGUCCGCCGGCUCUUCGGCUACUGGUGGCGGCUCUUCGGCUACUGCCGCGUCGGGUGCAAGUGCUACCCGCGCAGGUGGCAGCGGUGGAGGGGAUCUGGCAUCGGGAGCGGGAGGAGCGAGGAAGCAGCAGCAGCAGCAGCAGCAGCAGCAGCACGGGAACGGCAAGCUGCCCCCGGCAGGGGCUGCGGCAGCAGCACCAGCGGCAGCCGGCGGUGGAAGCGGCGGCGGAGGCGGCGGCGGUGGGCGGGAGAUAGCCAAGCUGAUUCAGGUGAAGGGCCUGUCACUGGAGCUGUUCGAGACGUCGCCGCUGGUGACUGGCGCCGCCGCCAUCGCCGCCGCCGCAUCGGGCGCGCCGCCGCCGCCGCCGCCGUCGCCGCCGGGCGUAACGCUCAUCACGGGCCCCAGCCGCCACGGCGUGCAGCUGAGCGUGGAGUUGAGGAUGCUGCUGCCCGGCGGCGGCGGCGGCGGCGGCGCUGGUGUUGGCGCUGGUGGCAGCGGUGACGUGGCGGCAGCUGGGCUGCCCGGGAGAGCGGGGCCAGCCGGCUACGGCGAGCACGGGGCCACGGAGGCAGCGGCGGCGGCGGCGGCGCAGCAGCAGCAGCAGCAGCAGCAGCAGCGCACCCGCAUAUUCGCGGACGUGGAGCUGGGGGCGCUGCGGCUCCAGCUACUGCCGGGCCACGCCGUGUGCCUCGCCGCGAUACAGCGCGCCCUGGACCGCGCCGGCCCGGCUGUAGCAGCUCCGGCUGGGGCAGCGGCUGUAGCAGCGGCUGUAGCAGGGGCAGUAGCAGCAGGAGCCGGCGGCGGCGGCGACGACGCGCGGAGCGAGGGCACGGGCGCGGAGACGGAGGUGUGGGCGUCCGUACACAGCACGGCUACAGCCGCCGGCACUGCCGCCGCCGCCGCCAGCGCUUGGGGCCGUCGGUCGCUGAUCGAGAGCCUCAUGCUCCCCGACGUGACGGAGGACGUGGUGGCGCACUCCCUGGAGCCGUACAUGGAUUUUGGAUUCGGAUUCGGCCACAUGGGCAGCGGCGUGGGCGGCGGCGGAGGAUCUGGAUUUCCUGGAUCUGGAUCCGGCUACAGCGACGCCGACGGCGACGGGUUCCACGACGCCUACAGCCGCUUCGGCUCUCUGGCCAGCUCUCUGGUCAGCGGCGUGACUUCCACGGGAUCCAACAUCAUGGGCUACGUCGCCUCAGCAGCCGGCGGCGUCGCAGGCGGAUGGAUGGGUGGCACCGCCGCCGGCGGGGCGGCGGCUCCGCCGCCGCCGCCGCCGCCUUCGGCGGCGGCGAGAGCAGCGGCGGCUGCGCCGCCGGCGCCGGCGGCUCCGCCGCCGUUGAUCGUUGUGCGCGCUCACGUGGCGCACACGGCGGUGGUGCUGUGCUACGGCCCCGCGCCGCCGCCGCCGCCGCAGCAGGCGGCGGCGGCAGGGGCAGCCGGCGGCCUCGGGCGCUACACCGGGAAGAGCUCCAACGCAGCCGGCAGCGGCAGCGGUGCCAGCAGCGGCCGCGUCGGCGGCGGCGGCGGGUCAUCCGCACUCUCGUCCUCCUCCUCCACUCCCCGCUCCUCCUUCUCCUCCGCCUGCGGCGACGCCCACGGCAUUAGCACCGCGCCCGCCGCCGCCACUGCUACAGCCGCUGCAGCCGUGCCGGACCUGGCGGCGGGCGGCAGCAUGGUCCUGGAGCUGACCGACCUGUACGGCGAUCUGGAUCUGGAUCCGGCGUACGGCGCCGGUACCAGUGGCGGCGGCGCCGGCAGCAACACCCUUGCCGUACAGGCGGGCCAGAUCCACGUGUACGAGCAACUGCCGGCGGCGUGCGGCAGCCGUUACGGAAUCUCGCCUCUGGAGUGGGGCCGCGUGCCGGAGGCGCUGCCGCAGGCGCCGCACCGCUUCCGGCCCUCGCUGCCGCCGGCGCCCUCGACAGCGGCAGCGGCGGCGGCGGCGGCGGCGGGGUCCGGGAUUGCAGGCGGUGGUGGUGGUGGCAGCGGCGCCGCCGCCAGCGGCGCCGGCAUCCUCAGCCCGCGCGCCGGAGCGCGGGGCUCCAACUCGGGAUCUGGAUCCGGACUGGGAGGCGCUGGCGGGCGCGCCGGCGGCGCAGCGGGCUCGCAGCAGCAGCAGCCGCAGCCGGCGCUGCAGACUUGGCCGGUGCUGCUGUGCGUCAGCGCCCCGGGCAGUGGCGGCGGCGGCGGCGGCGGCGGCGGAGCGCACAGGAGCUCUGGCGGUGGCGGCAGUAGCACCAGCGGCAGUAGCACCAGCGGCAGUAGCACCAGCGGCAGUAGCAGCGGCGGGCGCGGUCAUGGUCGCGAUGGCAGCUCCUCAGGUGGCCAAGGCUACGGCUGUCUCCGGGUACGAGCGCACUGGUCCGGGUCUGGCGGCGGCGCCGCCGCCGCCGGUAACGGUCCCUACGGUGGCGGCUACGCGGCGGCGGCGCCGCCGCCGCUGCCGCCGUCCUUUGAUCUUAGUGUUGACGUACGGCCGCUGACGGUGUGGCUGUCGCUGCCACUGGUACGGCGGCUGGAGGACUUUGCGGCGCCGCUGGCGGCGCUGACGUCACAGGCGGCGGCGGCCAAGGCGGCGGCGGCGGCGGCGAGCGCGGCGCGGGGGAGCGGCAGGGCGCCGCCGCAUCCCAAGCAGCCGCCCGCGCCACUGUCGCGGACCACGCUCAGCGUCUCCGCGCCGCACAUCUGUCUGCUGCUGGCGCUGCUGCCGCCGCAGCCACCGCCAGCACUGCUGCCGCGCGCGCCGGGCACGCCCAUGUUCGCCGCUCUAGACAUCGUGGCAGCGGCGCCGAUGCCGGCAGGCCACAACCCCAGCCACAUCCCGCAUAGCUAUCAACAACAACAGCACCCGCAGCAGCAGCAGCUGCACCAACACCAACACCAACAGCAGCAGCAACAACAACAUAGCCGCCCCUAUGCGGAUGCGGGGCCUCCUGCCGGCAUGUACGGACAACAUGGCGGCGGCAACUACGGCGGUUACGGGCAAGCGUACGGCGGUUUAGUACACGGACAUGGUUACGGUUACGGUUAUGGGCAAACGCCUCCGUACGGGCAACACCAGCAGCACUACCCGCAUCCGCACAGCCCCUACUCCGCCGCCGGUGCUGCCCCGUACUACGGCGGAUAUGGCGGCUACGCGAAUGGCCUGGCGGCGGCGGCGGCGGCGCCGCCGCCGACGACGACGACAUGGGGGGCUGCGCACGGGGCGGGCCCGGCGGUGGUUGGACCCGGCGGCGUGCCGCCUGGCGCCCCGGCGCCGCACCUGCUGCCGCCGCCGCCGCCAUUGCUUCAGCUGUCGGUGUGGCCUGCGACCGAUCGGCUGAUCCCCACGCAGGUGACCUGUGUGGAGGUGGCCGCGGGUGUGGUGGAGCUGCUGCUGGUGCGUACGCCCCUACACGCCGCUCUGCCCGUGCCGGGACAAGCGCCGGCGCCGGCGCCCGCGCAACACCAUCCCCACCACCAUCAACACCAGCAGCAGCACCACCACCGCUCGCACGGCCACGGACACAGUCACGGGCACGGCCACAGUCACGGGCACGGGCAUCAAAGCCACCACCACAUACAAACCCAGCAGCACCACACACAGCACCACACACAGCACCACACACAGCACCACCAGCCGCCGCCGCUGCCGCCGCAGCACCAGCCCUGGACAUGCAAGUCGCUGCUCAGCCUCAGCCCGCUGCCGCCUUCCCUCCCCCCCUGCCCCUCCUCCUCCUCCUUUCCCCCCUCCGCAACCCCCCGAACCCCCGGAACCCCCGCACUUCCAACCACAACAACCGCUCCUACCGGGCCCGUGGACGUGCCCCCCGGCUGCGGCCUCUUCCUCAGCCUCAUGUCUGAUCCGGGAGCCCCGGCGCCGCCGCCGGAGCUGGCGGCGGAGGCGGCGGCGCAGGCGGCGGCGCACGCCGGCGACCGCUGGUCGGACCCGGACGGCGAGGGCGGCGCCUGGGAGGAGCGCAGCAGCUUCCGCAGUCUGGCCUUCCAUGAGCGGUGCCGCAGGUCCGCCGCCAGCUUCCUGCACGUGCGCGCCCCCAAGGCGCUGCUGCACCUCAGCCGCCGUGACCUGGCCGAUCUAGCCGCCCUGCCGCCCGCCCUCACGACGCAGCAGCAGCAGCAGCAGCAGCAGCAGCAGCAGCAGCAGCAGCAGGGAGGGCAACCGCCCGCAAUGGACACGCAUGCUACAGCCGCUCAGAAGCAGCAGCGGGUGCAUGGCGGCGGCAAGCUGAUACCGCAGCAGCAGCAGCAGCAGCAGCAGCAGCGCACCUCAGCGCUUCCGCCUGUGCUGUCACCGCCCCAACCACAGCCUCCGCAGCAGCAGUCGUGCGUGCUGGCAGAACUCUGCGUCACCGUGCAGCUUCAAGACGACCCACCGCCACCACCGCCGGCGCCCGCCCCUGCCGCCGCCGCCCACCCCGCCGCCGACGGCAGCGGCACUGCUACAGCCUCCGCCGCGGCUGCUACAGCCUCCGCUGCAGCAGCUGCUGCAGCCGGUCUGGCGGCGGGCGGCGGUGUGUUGGGUCUGGGCGGCUCCCGAGUUGCCAUGUACGAGCUGGUGGUGGAAGAGCUGACGCUGUUCCGUGCGAGCGGCCUGGGGGCCGGGAAUGGAGGCGGAGGCGGGGGCAGCGGCGGCGGCAGUGGCGGGGUGUAUGGCGGCAGUAGCAGCAGCAGCAGCCGCAGCCGCGCCUGCAACGUCAUGUCUGUGCACGCGCACGGUCUGACGCUGAGGGGGCACCUGCUACUGCCGUCGUCCCCGUCGGCGGCGGCGGCGGAGCAGCCGCAGCAGCAAGGGCAGCAGCAGCAGCGGGGCAAGCUUUCCGGGGGCGCUACCGCUUGCGUCACCGACCGCGCCGCCGGCAACGCCAGCGGCGCCAACAGCGGCAGUACCAGCGGCAAUGCCGGCGCUGCCACGACGCCGCCGCCGGGCUCGUGCCCGCCCGCCAUCUGCCUGCUGCACGUGCCGCGCUCCGCCGGCGCCGCCGACCGCGCCCCCGCCUGCAUCGAGUACCUGGGAGUGGAGCCCGCCGCCGCUGCUACAGCCUCCGCCGCCGCCGCUGGCGCUGCUGCUGCUACAGCCGCUGCUACAGCCGGCGGCGGCGCGGUUCACUCGGUUCUGCUGCAGGGCCUCACCGUGUCCACCGACUACGGCUAUGUCAGCCUGGACUGGGCGACGCAGCUGGCAGACAUGCUGCGGGCCGCAGCAGCCGGCAGUAGCAGCAGCAGCGGCGGCAGUGGCAGUAGUGCCGGUAGCAGUGGCAACAGUAUUAAUAGCAGCACGAUGCCAGCGGCGGUGGCUCCGGCGGCGCCUCCGGCGCGGCUGGCACUCAACAUUGUGGACUUGGGGUUGCGGCAUGAACCCGCAGACUACCCCCAAACCCAACAUCAGCUCCAACAGCAGCAGGGGCUGCAGCUGCAGCAGCAGCAACAACAAGCGGCAGACGCGGCGGCGCCCGCCGCACACGCCGGCCCCAAGCCGCCGGCGCCGCCAGCGCCCGCGAGCGUCUGCAGCUUCGGCGGCGGUGGCACGUUCGACACGCCACCAGCAGCAGCAGCGGGCGGCGGCCCAAGCCCCGCGGCCGCCUUCGCCGCCGCAUCGGCUGCCGCCGCAUCCGCCCCCCGCAUCAGCCCUGUGGCUCUGGCGCUGAUUGUGGAGGCCGUGCAUUUUGAGCUGCCGCUGCCGCUGCCCGGCUCUGGCCCCGGCUCCGCUGCUGUCGGUUCCAGCGCCACUAAUGCCAACAUGGCUGCUGCCGACACGCACGCCAGCGACGGCGCAGCCGCCGCCUCCUCCACUCCCUCCACCGCCGCCGCCGCCACCACCACCAGCUGCCACACGCUGGAGGUCCACUCACUCACGCUGCACCUGGCGGCGGCGGACGGCCGCGGGCCGGGCUGGGGCGCGGGCCGCCCGCGGGCGCUGCGGGAGCCGCUGCUGGCGGCGGCAGGCUACCACCGCGUGCUGCAGGAGACCCUGAUCAAGGUGGUUGCUCGCCAGCGCCGCCACCCGCGCCGCCAGCCGCCACCCGCGCCGCCCUCCGCCGCCGCCCUGGCGGCCGUGGCCGCCGCCGCCGCCACCACGCCCUCACCACACCAACGGCCAUCACACCAACCGCCGCAACCGCCGCCGCCGUACCACACCACUCUGGAUGUGGAGGUGACGAAUCAGCACCUGCUGGGCGUAUUGACGGUGGAGAGCGCCACGCUACUGGCGCAUUUGGCCAUGCAGGUGGGGACGCUCAUGACCGCCCGCCAGGCAGCAGCAGUCGCCGCCGCCUCCGCCGCCGGCUGCGGCGCCGCACCCCUGCGGCGCGAGGGCGGCGCCCGCCCCCACAGCAGCAGCACCGCCGCCGCCUCCGUGUACGACACAGCGUCCGAUGCCGGCAUCGGCGGCGGUGGCGGCGGCGGCGGCGCCGGCACCACGGCCUCCUGUGCCGCUUCCGAGGCUGGGAUGGGCGGUGAGGGCGGCAGCGGCGGUGCGCUGCUGACAGCUCUGCUAUUGGAGGAGGUGGAGGAAAACGCGUUCAGGGCGGUACCGUCGCCGGCGCCGGCUGUGGCGAAAACGAGCGGCAACCGCAGCAAAAACGCAUCGCAGCAGCAGCAGCAGCAGCAGCAGCAGCAGCAGCAGCAGCUAGGUGGCAGGCGGGAGCACCGGGAGGGGGGUGGCGGCAGUGCCGGGCGGGGCCGCGGGCGGCACAGGGUGGGUGGUGGUGGUGGUGGCGACAGCGAUGAGGAUGACGGUGGCAGGCUUGGCUUGGAGGACCCGGAGGCGGCGGAGGUGGAGGCGCAGGCGGAGGCGGCGGAGGCGGAAGCGGGUGGCAGGGGGAAUGCGGCGACGCCGGGCGACGCCAGCGGCGCUGUGUGGUACUCGCAGCCACGUCGCGUCGACAAGGGCACCGCCGCCGCCGCCGCCGCCGCUGCCGCUGCGUCGGGCGGCUCGCCGCCGGGAGUGGUCCUCAUUGACGAUUUCUUCCCAGUCAACUACCAGGGUGAUUAUGAUGAGGACAUUGCGCUGGUGGAGCCGCCCAUAUUGCCCGGUGACUCUGGGCCUGGCGCUGGCCACCGAGCCGCCCGAGCCCCACAUCAUGAAGCGACAGCCGCACCGCCUCGGAAAGAGGCUGGUGACACCCGCCGCCACCGCCGCUACAGCCACCACAGAGAUGCGGGCGCGGCGGCAGUAGCAGCAGCAGCAGCAGCAGCAGCAGCUGCGGCGGCGGCAGCGGAAGAGGGGGCGGAGGAGGAGGACGAGGACGAACAUGAGGCGGGUGAGGAAGAGGAGGAGUAUGCGGCGGAUAUUGACGACCUGCUAGGACUGUACGACGCCUCGCCACCGCCGCCACGCCACCGCCGGCAGCAGCAGCAGCAGCAGCAGCAGCCGCAGCGGCAGCGCUCUCGCUCCCGCGCUUCCUCGGUGGCGGCGCCGCUGUCAGUGGCUGCCAGCGGGUCUUCCACAGCGGCGGCGGCGGCGGCGGCGGCGGCGGGGGGCCAGCGGCAGGGCGGUGCUCCCGCCGUGCCGACCUGGCGGCUGCAGGAGGAUUACGUGCGCGCGCCCCGCAAGUCAGACGAGGACGGCACCGGCGGCGGCGCCGCGGCCGUUGGCGCCAGCGGCGCGGCGGCAGCAGCAGCAGCAGCAGCAGCAGCUGGCGGCGCCGCCGGAAGCCGCGGCAGUGAUGGGGCGGGCGGCGGCGGCGGCGGCGGCGACCUGGGUGCAGGCACUGGAGGCGGUGGUGGCGGUGGUGGUGGUGGUGGCGGGGGUGGGGGUGGGGGUGGGGGUGUGGACCAGCCGCCGCCGCUGGUGCGGAUUCAGUUCAAGGAUCUGUCAGGCAUCUGGGUGAUGCACACCACAGCCACACGCAGCCCCCACGCCGCCGCAACAGCCGCCACAGCCGCCACGGCAGCAGCGGCGUCCGGGGCCGCCACAGCGUCCGCCUCCUCCGGCGUCCACUCUGGCCCCAACUCCGGCAGUAGCAGCUGCGGCUUCGCGCACCGUCCCACCACCACCACUUCGCUGCUGCCGCACAUGCCUUCCAGCGCCGCUUCCGCAGGCGCCACUGCUACUGCCGCUGCUACUGCCGCUGCUACUGCCGCUGCUACUGCCGCUGCUACUGCCGCUGCUGCUGCCGCCAGCGGCGGCGCCAGCGCCAGCGGUGUGCAGGAGGGGCGGGUGGAGGUGGUGGUGGAGGGGCUGGGGCUGUUGCUGGAGAGCUACGGCCCGGGGGGGCACCUUGCGCGGCACGUGCGGCUGAGCGUGCACGACCUAGAGAUACGGGACUGCGCCCUGGAGGUACGGCAGCAACAGGCCGCAGUGGCGGCAGCCCACACCAGUGGCCUGGGCGCCGCAGCCGCAGCCGCCGUCGCCGCCGGCCGCGGCGCUGCUGGCGCCGCUGGCGCCGCCGUCACCGCCGCCGUCGGCGCCGCCGGAGGCGGCGGCGGCGGCGCGCGCGGCGGCAGCGGCGGCGGCGCCGCCGCCUGGAUCCGGGUUUUGGGUUACCGCCACGUUCGCGGCCGGCCUCGAGACAGCCGUACGCCGCUGGUGGCGGUGGCGCUGACGGCGGUGCGACCCAACCCGGCGGCGUGUGACCCGCGGGACGAGGAGUUCAGGCUGGGCGUGGGGCUGCUGCCGCUGAGGCUGAAGCUGACCCAGGACGUGAUGUCGUACCUCACCUGGUACGGCACCAGCGUGGCGGCGGCGCUGCGGCCGGCGGCGGCGCUGCUGGCGGGCAUGCAGUCUGCUCUGUCCGAGGGCGGCGGCUGCGAGCCUCUGCCGCCGCCCUACUUCCAAAAGGUCACUGUGCGCGGCACCAGCGUCAUGCUGGACUACAGGCCGCGGCGAGUGGACGUGGGAGCGCUAGCCGAGGGCCGGCUGGCGGAGCUGAUCAACCUGGUGCCGCUGGGCGGGCUGGAGCUGGCGCUGGCGCCGGCGGCGGCGGCGGGCGUGACGGGCUGGGACGGCCUGGGUGCAGUGCUGGCCCGCUACUGGCUGACCGACAUUGCGCGCAACCAGGCCCACAAAUUCAUCACCGGUCUGGCCCCGGUCAACGCCCUGGUCAAAGUCGGGUCCGCGGUGGCUGCCCUGCUCGCCGCCCCCGCCCGCCACCUCAUCCGCCGAGACCAGCUGGCGGCAGCUGCAGCCGCAGCCGGCUACAGCCGCCACGGCGGCUACAGCCAUGUCGCCGCCGGCGGCGCUACAGCCGCCGCUGCGCGGCAGCUGGCGCUGGCGGCGGCGGUGCGGCGGGAGGGCGCCAAGUUCGCGAGCCGGCUUGUGAAGCGGGCGAUGGCGGCGGGGCGGCGGGCCGCGGCGGGCGCAGGGCAGGCGCUGGCGAGGGCGGGCAACAGUGCGCUUGAGGCGUAUGCGGGCGCUUCAGGGGCGGGAGGUGGUGGGGUUGGCGGGCUGGGAGCGGCGUGGGCUGCGUCUGCGGCGGCUUGGCAGCAGGUGCAGGGCGGGCGUGGGAGGGCAGGGGCGGGGGUUGGUCAAGGUGAUGAGGAGGAGGAUGUGACAGAGGAGGAGGAGGAGGAGGAGGAGGAGGAGGAGGAGGAGUAUUCGGAGGAUGAAGUGGAGGAGGAGUGCUGCGGGCGCCUCGAGGAAGAGGACGAAGAAGAUUCGGAGGUGCCGGAGGAGGAGGGGGCGCAGGCGGGGGCAUCUGACGAGGAGGACGCCGAGGAGGAAGGCGAGGAGGAAGGCGAGGAGGAGGAGCGUGGCUACCCAAGCCGGCGCAGCGGCCGCGCAGCAGCAGCAGCAGCAGUAGCGGCAGCGGGGCCCGCGGGUGCGCGCGGCCGCCGCGAACGCGACACAUACCUCGCGUCAGGCGAUGAUGAGGAUGACGAUGUGGGCGAUGGUGGUGGAGACAGCGAGGGGGAGGAGGCCGAGGUCAAGGAGCCGGAGGAGGAGCAGGAGGGCGCCAGCAGGCGCUCAGGGGGCAUCCCCAUCGCCGGCGCCGGUGGGGCCCGGCGGCACGCGCCGCCGCCUCCCUACGGCGGCAGCAGCAGCAGCAUGCCGCGAACCGGCAGUAGCAGCAGCUAUGGCGGCCCGGGCGCAGCAGACGGCAGCAGCAGCAGCUACGGCGCGGGGGCGUCGGCGUCGGCUAUGCAGCAGGGUCUGUUGCGCGCGGCGCGGAGCCUCAACUCGGCCUCGCAGCAGGUGGUGGCGGCGGCGGCGGCUGCUACUGCUGGCCUGCAGUCGGGCGGGCUGCAGCGCGGCGUGAGCGGCGUGGCUCGAGCGCUGUCGGCGGCUGCGGUGGCUGCUACUGCCCCGUCCCCAUCAUCCGCCGCCUCCGGCUCGAAUUCAGCCGUGUCUGCCGCGGGCUCUGUGAUGCAGGGCCUGGGCGUGAGGGGUGCGUUCAAGAGCAUGCGGCGCGCGAUCAAGGCGCAGCUGCAGGGCGGUGGGGCAGGAGGCGGAGGAGGCGGCGCUAGCAGCAGCGGAGGCGGUGGUGGUGUGGGCGGCGGCGUGUUGGGCGGCGGGGCUGUGGGUGGUCCCAGCCACAGCUACCCGACACAGCCACACGCCAAAGAGGAUUAGACGGGCAGAGGGUGGCUUUGUGGAGGGAGAGGGUGGCGCGGGGACAACCGGGGGCAUGUAGAAGCAGCACACACAAGGCUUUUGCGCAACGGCGUCUUUGCUUGUAGUGCAAGUGAAACAAUUGGAGGAGGGAGUCACAGCAGUGUUUGCGGUUGGUGUGGUGACGGCGGCGGAGGCGGCAGCCGGGCAGCGGUAGACUGUGUACGAUACGGCCAGGCAGACUUGAAACGAGGACCAUGGUGGAUUCCUGUUGUACAUUACUUUUGGGGUGUUUAGCUGCUGUAGCAGUAUACUUCUGUUGUAUGAUCCAUGGUCACGUGUGUCCGGGCGAUUAGCUCGCAUUGAGUGUGUAGCUUCCGGGACAUCGGGUGGCCAAUAGAUAAGCACGUGCUCAGACACGGCAUGCACUCGACGACGAUGGAUUGUGCCUGGCUUCGUUCAAGCCAAACGUGACAAUGCAGUUGUGCCGGUAGUGGCGGCCGGGUGGGCAAACCGCACAGGACCAGAACGGUUGCUUGCGCGCUCCCAGCGCCUGCCAUGCAGGCAUGCGGUCCGGACAGUUUGAUGAUGGCGGAGGUCGCUGGACAUGCUUGCCCAUCCAUGCUCUUCAUUCCCUUUCUUAAGCUUACGACUCCAACCGUUUCCGGUUUCCCAGAGGCUAGGAGAGUGGGGAAUUUAAAGGCUCCGGCCGCAGCGCGGCCGCCUUUUCUAAGUUCGGCUUUACGCUCGGCUUCACCGUGUGUGUGCCGCGAUAGGCACUGAAGGGGCUGCUUGGUUUGCAGGAGGGAGGCACUGCCGACUGCCGAUCAGUAGUUACGUGCAUGCACUAUAGAGUGAAUGGGUGGAGUUGCGCUUGCGUGGGCGCGUGUGCCGGUGUGAGCGAGGAUGGUCAUGAGCAAGAUGGGACGGCUGGAACUGCUGAUGCACUUCCAGUGUAACAGACGCAAAGUAGAAACAACUCAGAAGCUUGUGCUUGUAUCGUCUAGUCCAGAUACCAUGCAGAAGCAUGCUAGCCUGCUUUGAUCCGCGAACUGGCGCGAGGUGCAAUCUCUCCCAAUCCAUUCAUGACAAUCAUACACGCGGCAGUGGUGCCGGUGCGUCCGAGUCUGACGCGUGUCGCGAUGCAGCGUGUACGGUACGUGUUCGCCUCAAGGCCGAGUGCCGGCUAACGCGGUC